GUGCUUGUUUCAACCUUUUGGUACGUUUUUCUGCGUCUCCAGCAAAGAACCGGAUCCGUUGGCCGUUUUUCAGCAGAUUUUGCACCUGAACACAAACCCGACCUUGUGUCGAAGGGGGGUGCUUGAUUAAGGGCAAGAUUUUGAUUAGAGGAAGGAGUUAGAGUUGGUUUUUUUUCAUGUGAUCCGCCCGUCGUUGACUUUAUUACACGGUCGGGUGAUCAUCACAAAGUCAAAGAACUACCACAGCCACCUCCUCAAGCAUAAAAACGGCCUUCUCUCUCUCUCCUUCUAAUCUCAAGGCAAUGCUCCUCGGUUGAAAGUGCUUAUUCACGACAUGGGAGAUCCUCAAAGUCCGAGC